AUGGUUCUGCUCUACAGGUAACGUUGAAUUAAAGUACACGGACAAUACCGGCAACGUCAUCACGGUAUCCAGAUUCAUGCAGGUUUCUAAACAACCUGACGGAAAGAUGCAGUUCAAGAGCUUGGACGUGAAUAUAAGAAAAGAAGAACUCAAUGGACAGACAAAUUAUAUAUCGGCCAGAUGCGAGGACGCAGAUGACUUCUGUUGCAACUCUCUAGGCGUUUCUAGAUCCAUACUGAACCACGUCUUAUUCUGUCAUCAAGAAAACAGUUACUGGCCUUUAGAUCAACCGGAAAAAGUCGAGGAACAAUUUGACGAGAUCUUCGAAACCGUGAAAUAUAAUAAAUAUAUCGACUUCGUGAGACAGGAUAUCAAGAAUAAACAACUAGAACUUAAGGUUCUUGAACAAAAGGUCGAAACCAAAAGAAUAAUAAAUGAGGAAGUUGAAAAAUGUCGAGCCAAAUUUGAAGCAAGCAAACAGAGUUCGAUGAAAUACAGAACAAAAUACAAGAAAAGAGCGAUGAGAUACAACCGUUUGAAGACAGGAUGAAACAAAUAUGUGACCUGGGAGGUCCAUUGGUUCUUUACAACCGAGUUUGAUAUAGAAGCUGACGGAAAGCAAAGGGUUACAAGACCAGCAGGAGAUCUUAUUGAAGAAAAUAACACUUGUGUUUGAAGGAACAGACGAUGAACUACAAAUCCGAAUCAGUUCCUUUAAGCAGUUUACAACAAGUUGAAGAAGAUAAUAUUGAACAACUAAAACAGAAAAAUAAAGAAAUUAUUGAAGAAAAUAACAUUGUGAGUGUGGAUAUACAGAAAAUUCAAAUGAGAUAGGAGAACUGAAGGAAGAACAAAACAGCAUAGAAAUAAACAAAAGGAAGUUAAAUUAUAGUGGAAAGUUGAGAAAUAAACUAGACAUUAACAGUAAUAUUGAUUUGGGGAGAAUACAGAAGAAUUGCCGAUGAACUAGAGAGUGCAAUACAAAAACCAAGAGACAGAAUAGCAGCAAAACUCGUCAGAGAUAAGGCAGGAAGUAAGAAUACAAAACCACAUCGACUCGACUAGAGCAACAUGGUUACUUUAGACAAAUGUUAGAAUUAAAUAAGGAUUCUGAGGGAAUUAGGUAGACAGGUAGAGGCAUCAGAGAUGAAAUGAACGAAUUCGAUUCAUCUGAUUCCCACCUAAAAAUAGUUGGUGACAAAAUCGAAAAAUUACAAACCACUCUACAUCUUUGAAAAGCAGUUUUAGUGAACAGGAUAAAAAUUUCGAGAUACUUGAGCUCACGUGAGCUAUAAAUGCUAAAGAACAGUCUCUUGAAAAACUGGAACGAGAACGUAGAAUCCUGCAACAAAACUACCACCAUGAGCAGAAUCUAGAACGCGAAAUCGCAGCAGUUGCUGAGAAAGAAAUGGAAAUUAACAAGAUCAAAUCAGCACAUGCUUCUAAUUUCAAGCUACUAUUUGGUGAUGAUAUAACCGAAAGCAAUUUCAAAAGGUCUGUUAUACGAAUUCGAAAUGAAGAAGAAGCUAAGUGUAAAAGACUCGCCAUUCGUAUGGGGAAGUUGGAAAAAGCCGUUUCCGGCCUGGAAACCGAGCUCAAAACGCACAAGUGGAAACUAGAGUCGGUUAAAGAACAAUUGGACAAUUACAAGAAGAAAGUUGAGCAAGCUUGUAGAGAGAAAUCUUUCGACGAGUCACUAAAGAAUCUUAUACCAAUAACCUAAACUAACCAACCUAAACCUAACGAAAAAUCGGUUAACCUAACCAACCUAAACCUAACCCCCCCCAGGCCUACCUACUACAUAUUACACGUGAAGGUACAUUUCAUGGCCUACCUAAUAUUACACCUACAUUUCAUAGUUACUCUUACUUUGGCACGCAUCUACACACAACAUAUUUACGGGUAUAAGAAAUGAAACAGUGUGGUUUCGGUUCGAAACUAUAGCAGGAACUUUAUUGGAUGAAAACAGGAUGACAACAACGCUAG